AACGAGAAGCCGAACCUGAUUAUUGGGCGGAGUCCUUUUCACGUUAAUAUUGUAUCUUAUUUCUGCAUUUUUUUUUUAUUAAUUUCAAGUGUGUACAUUUCUAAUAGUUUGAAUUAAAAUAUAUAUUGAUCAAAAUGAGGUUACGAUCAGUUUUGGGAUAUGCAUUUUUUGGAUCAUCUACCGUUCUAAUAUCGUUUGUUAUAUUAUUCUAUUUACUGACUGGAAGAGGAGAACAAAUCAGUGUUGGAUGGUUUUUAGCCAAUACUUCUCCAUAUAUGUGGGCUGUGCUUGGAAUUUCUUUAGCAGUAGCAUUGUCCGUUGUUGGAGCUGCACUUGGUAUUCACACUACUGGCGUUAGUAUUGUUGGUGGUGGUGUGAAAGCUCCUCGCAUUAAAACCAAGAACUUGAUAUCAGUUAUUUUUUGCGAAGCUGUCGCUAUUUAUGGACUUAUCACAGCUAUUGUUAUGUCAGGACAGCUGGAAUCUUUCUCACUUGAAAGUAGAGAAGAAAUCUUAGCACAAAAUUGGAUGGCUGGUUAUUUGAUAUUUGCUGCGGGUUUGAGUGUUGGUUUGGUCAAUUUAUUCUGUGGUAUUGCUGUUGGAGUUGUUGGUUCUGGUGCUGCAUUAGCAGAUGCUGCAAAUUCUUCACUUUUUGUAAAAAUUUUAAUUGUUGAAAUUUUUGGUAGUGCUAUUGGUCUUUUUGGUUUAAUUGUUGGUAUAUAUAUUACAUCUAAAGUAAAAAUGGGUGAUAAAUAAUUAGGCGUUACAAUCCAAUAAUUUGUAAUUAAUAUCAAAUAUUUAUUUGAAAGAUGUAUUUUUGUCUUCAAGACUUAAAAAAUGAUUAGUUUUUUGUUGUUUUAUUUUUUUAGUUAAUAUUUUUAAUUUAUUUAUGUUCAAGUAAACUUAAAAAUAGAAUAGGUCCAUCUAAAAAAUUAUUUUAAAUGUAUAAUUUGAUAAAAUUAGUCCUAUAUCAUUAUUUAUUACUUAUUUGUAUGAAAAUUUACUAUCAUUUGUAAGUUAACACACAUCAUUCAUUAUACAAACUUCUUAAUUAAAUAAUCAAUAUUUUGAUUAUUAUGAUUUGUAGAUAAUUUAUGAUUUUAUUUGUAAUUAUAAUUAUAAGGGCUUAAAAUGUUUUUAAACUCAAAUUUUUGUCCUUGUUUACCAAUUUACCUUUUUAUUUUAUUGUAUCAAAACAUUCCAUGUUUUUCAUUGAUCAGAGCUAUUACAAUUGUGAAUAAAGGUUUUAAUGAUUAGUUAAUAAAGAAAUACUGCUAUUGUUUUUAA